ACACAACACUCGCCUCUCGACUCAUUCAUCAAUCUCGUCUCCUUCAUCUCUCCUCCUCUACCUCAAGAUCGAUCUCUCCUCCACUCUUUCCAUCCCCUCAGUGGUGGCUUUGAGUUGUGCUGUUCAUGUGAAACACUAUAUCUAAAUACAAGGAAUUAUUUUUCCUCGUGGUCGCUGUUUUUCUAAUUGAAGCCCAUUAACAGAAUUCAGUAAACACAAAGCAAAGCGGAAAGCAUUAAAAUGGCUUUUGCAACUUCCAUAACUUCAUGGCCCCAUCUUCAUAUCCCAAAGAGUUUUUCAGUAACUCAACAAAAGAUCAGAUGCUCAUCAACUACAUCAUCAAUCUCUACCACCUUUGACCUUAAAACUUACUGGUCAACUCUGAGAGAAGAAAUCAACCAGAAGCUUGAUGAAGCUAUACCUGUUCAGUACCCACACCAGAUUUAUGAGUCUAUGCGUUAUUCUGUUCUUGCAAAAGGAGCAAAAAGAGCACCUCCUGUUAUGUGUGUUACGGCCUGUGAGCUCCUUGGUGGCAAUCGCCUUGCUGCCUUUCCCACUGCAUGUGCCCUUGAAAUGGUACAUGCUGCCUCUUUAAUCCAUGACGACUUGCCAUGUAUGGACGAUGACCCAUCCCGACGUGGUAAACCCUCCAACCACAGAGUCUUCGGGAUGGACAUGGCCAUCCUUGCUGGCGAUGCUUUAUUCCCAUUAGGAUUUCGCCACAUCGUCUCCCACACCCCAACCAAUCUUGUCCCAGAAACCCAACUCCUUCGUGUCAUCACAGAAAUCGCACGAGCUGUUGGUUCGACCGGCAUGGCUGCCGGGCAGUUUGUGGAUCUGGAGGGCCCAUCAAAUGCGGUAGAAUUCGUGCAGGAAAAAAAGUACGGUGAGAUGGGUGAAUGCUCUGCUGUUUGUGGAGGACUACUGGCUGGUGCUAGUGAUGAUGAGAUCCUACGGCUUAGAAGGUACGGGAGAGCGGUGGGGAUCUUGUAUCAAGUGGUGAACGACAUCUUGGAAGCGCAAUCGAAAUCAGAAGAAGAAGAAGAAGAAAAGAAGAAGGGGAAGAGUUAUGUGGGUGUGUAUGGUGUUGAGAAGGCUGUGAAAAUGGCAGAGGAUCUAAGAGGUGAGGCCAAGAGAGAGUUGGAAGGUUUUGAAAAGUAUGGUGAGAAGGUGUUGCCAUUAUACAGCUUUGUGGAUUAUGCUGCUGAUAGAAGUUUUAGUUUUGUUGAUAACAUUUGAUUCUUUCUUAUAAUAAUCACACUCUUGUAAGUUGUAACCUAACCUAACCUAACCUAACUUGCAUCUAUCAUCACAAUUCAAUCUCCACUUGUAUCUAUUCAUCUUCUUUUGCCA